AUGAUUUGGCCUGAAGAGAUAUACCCAGAGAAGGAGUCCAACCGAGCUAAGGGAGUAAGACUAAGGCCCCUACACCAAAACCGCCCAAGGGAUCAUCCAAGAUUGAAGAUGAGGCCAAACCAAGAAGGAAGGAUAGAAGGAGAAAAAGGCCGACCUUGCCGGUCGAUCAGGGAAGGAACUGCUCAUGCUCGGCCGGACGAUAACUUUGCACGACAAAACCCGUCCGCGCAAUGCGCUCGGCUGAAUAGAAAAUCGGAACGGACCGACCGUACCGGUCGAUCCGGGAAGCAUGCGUUCUCCCUCGGCCAGAUUUCACGUCCGUUCGAUGAUUUGGCCGACCAAACCGCACGAUCAAAACGAAAUCCAUCGACCAUCGGCCAAACUUUUCUCGGCCAAGGUAAGUCCACUUUUUCAAUAGAUUCAAACCGGUUUUAA